AGAGGUAAUCUCAAAACUUAUGAAUCUACUAUCCUAACCCCGUCUUUGGAUGAACAAAAGAAGAAGGGUAUAGCGCUGAAAGCAACCAAGGAGUCCGUGGAAGAUGACUCAAGCGAUGAUGACAACGAGUUCGGACUCGUCAUCAAGAAGUUCCACAAAUUCAUGAAGAAAGAAUUUGAAAGAAAAGGAAGAAAGCACGGCGGGCCCCCGAAGUGCUAUGGAUGUGGUGAGAUAGGCCACAUCAAGCCGAGGUGUCCAAAAAGCAAAGGCGGCAAGGACAAACCUGGCUUCAAAAAGCAACGCGCCUACAUCUCUUGGGGAGGCGACUCCGGGGAUGAGUCAACGGAUCAGGAAGAGGAGGAAGCCGCCAACCUCUGCCUCAUGGCGCACGAAGAUCAAACCGACAACGUUCAAGAGGUAUGCUUGAAGGCGUCAAGUGUACUUUGGUACCUUGAUAGCGGAUGUUCCAAGAACAUGACCGGAGAUGCAUCCAAGUUCCUACAAAUCAAACCCGCUAAAGGAGGAAACGUAGUCUUUGGAGACAAUAGCAAAGGAAAAAUAAUUGGGGUCGGCUCAGUAGGUAAGUCCGAAGACUCGUCUAUAGAUAAUGUCUUGCUUGUUAAAGAUAACCCUCGCUUGGCGAGAAAGGAUAUUUGUGAUGAUCUUGCAGAAUCAUUAGAGAGAAUACACGUUGAUGACGAUGAGGAGAACACGGGUAUCUACACCAACCCGCAACCACAAUCUGAGGAAACACCUCAAGUGAUGGUUGAAAAUGAGGACCAAGCGGACGGAGAAGAUCAAGAGGAAGCCCAGGAACAAGAGGAAACCGAGCUUCCCAUCGCUUGGAGAACACACAGGAACCAUCCACUUGACCAG